CCAAAAAUCUUUCUAUACCGCCAAUAUUCGAUUGGUGCAUUACAAGACUGUCUCAUUCGUUCUAUCUCAUUCCAUUUACCAACUCAGACUAGUUUACCUUCACUUAGUGUGUGUUGUGAUUCUUAACGUGCUGUUCGCGGGUAUUCCUUCGAAUAUGCUACUAAACUUGCUGGUACUCACAGCCUGCGUGGCUCUGACCAGCUGCGACGUGUCCCACUUACUAGAGGAGACCACAACGUUACCCCCACCACCGAAGCCAUAUGCAUUCUCGUAUACUGCUGGUCGGUAUCCAGGGCACACAGAUCGGCAGCAUGCUGAAGUCAGCGAUGGAAGUGGAGUUGUGAGAGGUACCUUCUCCUACGUGGAUCCGCGCCAGAAGGUCCGGACUGUGGACUAUGUAGCGGACAGGGAGGGCUUCCACCCCGUAUUGAGCGACCCUCUCCCUGAACACCCCAGGGACUCGGAGUCUGUCGCUCAGGCUAAGGAUAAACACUUCGCACUGUAUGCCAAGAUUGCGGAGGACCACGCUCAACACCCGCAUCCUGAUGAAACGUCCUUCCCCCGGCAAUCCGAGGCUGUCGCAGCAGCGGCGGCAAAGCACGCCCAACUGUUCCGAGUGAUAGCGGAACAGCACGCCAGGAUCGCGGCGGAGCGGGAGGCGCUGCAACGGGAGGAGGAAGAAAAACAGCACUUACAGGACUUGUCGCAAUAAAUCAAGAAAUAAUCCCUCAAUGUCACUAUGAUAUGAUAUGUUAAAAAACACAAUCCAG